AUGGCCUUGACCGGCUUCCAUUUCUCUACCUGCGGGGCAGGGGGAGCGGUCCCUGUGGGAGGGAUACCAUCACCACCGCCGUCUCCGGACGCCGCACCCAUCGACAACAACAACCGGAUGGGUGCCAGCCGCGCCGCCCUCAAGGCGCGCAAGCGUAGCGGAGACGCCGCACAUCACAUCACGGAAGAGUGUGAGAGACUCUUCUGCGAGACGCUGAAGACUGUAUUCUUGGUCGAGAAGGAUGCCGGUCUUGAGAACUCGCUGGUGAUGGAUCUGCGAAACACGCGCAUCGUCGACGAUACUGGGGGUAGACCUAUUGCACAGUCUACUGCUGCUAUUGCUACGACGCUGCCGAAGAAGACGAAUUUCACCCAUGGCCAGCCGACGCCGUCGCCGUCGCCGGACGGCAGGAUAUACCCUACCCCGGGUGGCUUGGUCAGGGAGUAUGUCGAAGUGUGGGACUAUGCCGGCGGCGCUCGCUUCAGAGGCUUCGUCGCCGACAAGGACGACAUGCGCGCCAUGUUCAUCUUCUUCGAUAAGGAAGUCAUUGGAAUGGACUUGAAGCCAGGACUCAUGUCCCUCCUCGAACUCGCCAGCAGCGACCACUUCGACUGCAGCCACCUCAUCGCCUGCGUCGACCGCACCGCCGACGCCGAAGACGUCAAAGACCUGAACAAGUCCCUCGGCUGGGUCGGCUUCGAACUGACCACCCUCGACGCAUGGUCUGCAGAUGGCUGCAUAAGCGACCGCUACAUUUUCCUUGGCAUGGAUCUCUGA